AUGGAGCAGAGCGUCCAGCGUGCGCUGAACGAUAAACUCUACGACAAACGUAAAGUCGGAGCUCUAGAGCUUGAACGUGCCAUACGGGACCUCACGGCUGCGAAGGAUUUCGAUAGAAUCAAGACGAUCAUCCAGCAGCUUUGCAACGAGUUCGCUUACGCUGUCCAUGCACCUCACGCCCGAAAUGGAGGUCUCAUCGGACUCGCAGCUGCUGCUAUUGCAUUAGGGCCGGACUUGGCCCGGUACUUGGAUGAAAUCGUUCCUCCCGUGCUGGCCUGCUUUACCGACCAAGAUGCUCGAGUCCGUUAUUAUGCGUGCGAGAGCAUGUACAACAUCGCAAAGGUCGCAAAGGGCGAAGUGCUACCCUAUUUUAAUGACAUUUUCGAUGCGUUGUGCAAAUUAGGAGCAGACUCAGAACUAUCCGUCAAGAACGGAGCCGAGCUGCUGGACCGUCUGAUCAAAGACAUUGUUUCGGAAUCGGCAGCAACAUAUGUAUCAAUACUUCAGACUGCAGAAGACCCGACGCUAGAGAACGACAAAGAAACAACAGAUGAAUCCGUAGAUUUACCUACAGCCUUCUCGCUGGUUAAAUUCCUUCCUCUGCUCAAAGAGAGAAUCUACGUGAUCAACCCAUUCACUAGAACAUUCCUGGUGGGCUGGAUCACAUUACUCGACUCUAUUCCGGACUUGGAACUCGUGGCCUACCUUCCAGAGUUCCUCAGCGGACUGUUGAAGUUCCUCAGUGAUCCAAAUCGAGAUGUUCACGUUGCUACGCAGGGGGCCCUGGAAAGAUUCCUGGGCGAGAUUAAGCGGAUCUCACGGAUCAAGAAGGGCAUCGCAGAAAGUCGAAAAACUCGCAGUGAUGUAAAGCGGAAACGUUCAGUCUCAAUGGAUAGUGAGGUCUCGACAGGCGUUGGAGCCGAUGCCGAUGAAGGCUCCGAAAGUGGCGAUGACAAAGAUGCUAGUGACGACGAUGACUGGAUCCCAGGACAAGAUGUGCAGGUAAAUCACAAGGAGAUUCUUGAGGUUCUCACGGCCAACCUUGAUUCGCCCCUGGAGGAGGACAGUCUACUGGAGUCUCUACGGUGGAUUGUCGAUUUCCUUGACAUCUGUCCCGAAGAGGUGCUUCCAUUCGCGCCCAAAAUUCUUGCCCAUUUGCUACCCGCUAUGGCCAGUGGCGUCGAAACUAUCCGACUCGCGGCAGGAAGAGUCAAUACUUCGUUGAUGAACUAUGUGGUGUCACUGGGCGAUGAGGGCGCGCCUCCAGAAGCAGCCUCUGGGCCAUCGAGACUACCCACAUCAAUAGUGAGGGAUAGUGCUGGACCCGAGAGACGAGAUUCUUCCACGAAUACUCGUGGAUCCAUCUCCAACUCUCGCGAGCUGGACAGGUCAUCGGAGGUUCAGACACCACCUCCGAUGUAUAAAACCCCGUCGCCUUCCUCACCAGUGCAACCUCAGGUCGACCUUGAUUAUGCGGCGGCUGUCAAUUCUCUGACCCUCCUCUUCCUCAAUGAUCAUGAAGCUACAAGAGUUGCCGCUCUAUCGUGGCUGCUCAUGCUACACAGGAAGGCACCUAGGAAAGUCCUCGCCUUCAAUGAUGGCACAUUCCCCGCCCUCCUCAAGACGCUUUCGGAUCCAGCAGAGGCAGUGGUCACUCGAGAUCUGCAGCUGCUUUCUCAGAUAUCGAGGAAUAGCGGUGAUGACUAUUUUGCCUCCUUCAUGGAGAAUCUAUUACAAUUAUUUUCGACUGAUCGGAAACUUCUUGAGACUCGUGGAAACUUGAUAAUUCGCCAGCUCUGUGUCAGUCUCAGCGCUGAGAGGAUCUAUCGUACCCUUGCCGACUGCAUCGAGAAAGAAGAGGAUGUCGAAUUCGCCAGCAUUAUGGUCCAGAACUUGAACAACAACCUCAUUACGGCGCCAGAGCUGGCCGAACUUCGAAAACGGCUUCGCAAUGUGGAGACAAAGGAUGGACAAACCUUUUUUGUGGCGCUGUUUAGGUCCUGGUGUUACAAUGCUGUCGCUACUUUCUCCUUAUGCCUGCUUGCUCAGGCAUACGAGCAAGCAUAUAACCUGCUCCAGAUUUUUGCGGAGCUCGAAAUGACAGUCAAUAUGCUCAUUCAAAUUGAUAAACUUGUGCAGUUGCUCGAAUCCCCAGUGUUUACUUAUCUUCGGCUGCAACUAUUAGAGCCAGAGAAACACCCUCACCUCUACAAGUGCCUAUACGGCCUUCUCAUGCUGCUACCCCAAUCCUCCGCCUUUGCAGCAUUAAAGAACAGACUCAACAGCGUUAGCGCAAUAGGCUAUCUGCACAUUGCCCCCCGAGCGUACGUAUCUCAAUCUCGUAAUAACAGUGUCGUCGAGGCCAUCUCUACAUUUCAAUUUCAUCAACGUCAAAAGAGUGGUGAAACUCAUGCUUCUUCGUUUAGCACGCCUACAAACACUGGGCCGUCAAGCUUCGAUAGAUCCAGUCGACUGAAAGGCAGGGAUGAGGGUGGCAUUCGAUGGAACGAGCUUUUAGAUAAGUUCAAAAGCGUCCAGGAGCGAGCCAGGAGGGUGGCAAAGAGAUCGGGUGGAGAUUUCGAUGAUGGGCUCGGCAUGAUGUCGGAGCCUCGAGCGGGAGACGGUUCAGAUGCAAGAGCAUUCAAGGAUUUGACUCGACUUCAUGGACCACCGCAAAUUGUCAAGGAUGCAGCAACAAAUCCAGCCGGGGCUCAGCCAACGGCGAAUAAAUCGAAGUCAAGCCUGGGGAAGUUUGGGCGGUUGGGAGGAGCGGUAUCAGGUACUCGACCCAAAAGAUAA